AUGGCGACUCUCGAGAAGCCCGUGGCCCCGAGCCAGGACGGCUCGCUGGCAUCGACCCCUGAAAGGCCUGGCGAGUCCGACGCGCCGAAGAAAGAUGGAGGCAUGAAAAGCUAUCUCAGGAUAUUCGGUUAUACUGAUCGGUUUGGCUGGUUUCUCAACGUCCUGGCUUUGAUCGGGACGAUCGGCGCAGGCAGCGCAUUGCCCUUGAUGGAUCUGCUUCUGGGCAAGAUGAUCACAACAUUCAACAACCAGGCCACUGGUGCGGACUCGGCGUCGAAAUUCCGCUCUGAGUUGAACAGGUUUACCCUCUACUUCGUCUACCUGUUUGUUGCCAAGUUUGGCUUGGUAUACAUCUGGACUUUAUCCUUGUCGGUUUCCUCGCUCCGGACCACCAAAGCCGUGCGCAUCGCGUUUUUGACUCGCUUGUUGCAGCAAGACAUCGCCUACUUCGACUCCAAUCAAGGCGGCUCUCCGGUCGUGCAAGUCACCACCAAUGCCAACCUGGUCAACCAAGGAAUAUCCGAAAAGCUUGGCUUUGCGGUGCAGGGCGUGGCGACAUUUGUGGCAGCCUUUAUCGUGGCCUUUGUGGUGCAGUGGAAGCUGACUCUGAUCACGAUCUGUAUCGUGCCGGUCAUUAUUGUGGUCACGUCGGUAUGCGCAGAUAUCGUGGUGAAGCAGGAGACCAACAUUCUACGCGUCAACGCCGAUGCCGGAUCGCUGGCAGAGGAGAUUCUAGCCAGUAUGAAGACCGUGCAUGCCUUUUCCGCUUUUGGCAAAUUGACCUCCAAAUACGACGAGCUGGGCCUGGAAGCAAAACGCCUGGGUUUAUCUCAGUCAUUGAACAUGGCCAUUCUUUACUCGGUGGAAUUUUUCUGCGUCUAUGCGGGUUAUGGCUUGGCCUUUUGGCAGGGUGUCCGCAUGUAUGCGAGAGGGGAAAUCGCCGAGCCAGGCACAGUUGUCACGGUUAUCUUCGCCGUGAUCGUGGCGGCCACAGCCAUGACCCAGAUCGCACCGCAGAUCAUCCAACUCACGAAAGCUGCCUCGGCUGCUCAGGAAAUGUGGACGGUUAUCGACCGCGAGCCUUCGAUCGACGGACUUUCCACCGAAGGAGCCCGGCCAGAUACUUGCAACGGGGAUAUCAUGUUCUCAAACGUGUCUUUCGCUUAUCCCACUCGGCCACAGGUGCCAGUCCUUCAGAACUUCACCCUGGCAAUUCCUGCCAACAAGUCGACCGCUCUAGUCGGACCCAGUGGUUCUGGGAAGAGCACCGUCACAGGCUUGUUGGAGAGAUGGUAUAAUCCGUUGGGGGGAUCAAUCACCCUUGAUGGACGAGAUGUGAAAGACUUGAACAUUCAGUGGCUGCGGACCCAUCUUCGCAUUGUCCAGCAGGAACCAACAUUGUUCAACGGGUCCGUCUUUGAGAAUGUUGCUUAUGGUCUGGCCGGCACAGAGCAUGUUCAUGCGUCCAAAGAUGAGCAACUGGACCGUGUCAUCAAAGCAUGCAAAGCGGCGUAUGCUCACGAUUUUAUCGAAAGACUACCAGAGGCAUACGACACCCAAGUCGGAGAGCGAGCCACCAUGUUAUCGGGCGGCCAGAAGCAGCGCAUCGCCAUCGCCCGCAGCAUCGUUUCUGAUCCCAAGGUCCUUAUUCUCGACGAAGCGACUAGCGCCCUUGAUCCUCAGGCGGAAAGGAUUGUGCAGGAAGCGCUGGACAAUGUUUCGGCCUCACGCACAACUAUUACCAUUGCUCAUAAAUUGUCUACGAUCAAGAAGGCCGAUCAAAUUGUGGUCCUGUCGCAGGGCAAAAUUGUGGAGAAGGGCACACACGACCAGCUCAACGAAUCAGGCGGCGCCUAUCAUCGUCUCAUUAAGGCGCAGGAUCUUGGUCGAGUCCAGAGUGAUGAUUCUCCGGCAGAGAAGGGGGAGUCGGCAGAGGACGUACGGGUCACGACAGUUCCUUCCAGGCGGCCGGAUAGCGUGAAGGAUACUGGUGUGGUCAACAACAUUGAAGCGCCUUCCACCCGUAGCCAAAGCCUGAUAAAAUGCUUGGCCAUCCUUCUGUCAGAGAGACGUGAACUGUGGUUCGAGUUCUUCGUUGUUUUUGCUGCCUGCGUUCUGGGAGGCGCCACUAAUCCGAUCCUUGCUUUCCUAUUUGCGAGGAUUCUGGACGUGUUUCAAAUUCAGUCUUCCGACCAGAUGGUAAAGAGAGGUGACUUCUACGCCCUCAUGUUUUUUGUCCUGGCCCUGGUUGUUCUUCUCGUCUAUGCGAUCUUAGGGUGGCUCACAAAUGUCAUUUCAACGUGUAUCGUAUACAUCUAUCGGAUGGAAAUGUUCCGAAGCUACCUUCGUCAAGACCUGACUUUCUAUGAUCAACCAGAACACACCACUGGGUCGCUCGUGUCGCAUCUAUCGACAAAGCCUACCAGUCUCCAGGAACUUCUCGGCUUCAACAUUGGUAUCAUUGUCGUUGCACUUGUGAACAUCGUCUCCAGCUCCAUUCUUGCUCUAGCGGUUGGAUGGAAGCUCGGACUGGUUGUGCUGGCUGGUGCCAUGAUCCCCAUGGUCUCCUGCGGAUACCUCCGAAUCCGUUUAGAGUUCAUGUUAGAUGAGGGCAUUUCAACUCGAUUUUCGCAGAGCGCCGCCUUGGCCGGAGAGGCAGUCUCUGCGAUUCGCACCGUUGCCUCACUGGCCAUCGAGCGAACGAUCCCGGCACGGUAUACGGAUGAACUGGCCGGGAUCGAGCGACGAUCUAUCAAGUCAUUGAUCUGGACUAUGUUCUGGCUCUCAUUGACGCAAUCGCUUUCCUUCCUCUCCAUGGCUCUUAGCUUUUGGUACGGAGGACGCUUGAUGUCCAGCGGCGAGUACUCAACGACCCAGCUGUAUAUCGUUGUCAUCGGAUCUAUUCUUUCCGGCGAGGCGGCAGCAUCUUUCUUCAUGUUCAGCACCAGCUACACCAAGGGCCAGGCCGCCUGCAACUACAUCUUCUGGCUUCGAUCCUUGCUGCCCGAUGUACGCGACGGUGAUUCAGACCAUAACCUCGAUCAGGCCUCUGGUGCGGCGGAAUUGACGCUUCAGGAUGUGGGAUUCCGGUAUCCCACACGGCCUAAUCGGGCGGUGCUGAAGAAUGUUGACGUGGAAAUCCAUCCCGGACAGAUGGUCGCAUUCGUCGGACCUUCAGGCCAUGGCAAAUCCAGUUUAAUCUCACUCAUCGAGAGAUACUACAACCCCUCGACCGGGUCCAUUCGCUUCGACGGGUCGGAUAUUGCCAAUAUGUCGCUUGCCUCCUACCGAAGCCAUCUCUCGCUAGUUCAGCAAGAACCGGUCCUUUACCAGGGAACCAUCCGCGAGAACAUCGCCCUCGGGCUCGAAUCGGAAGCCACUGAUGACCAGAUCGAUCACGCCUGUCGACAGGCCAAUGUUUUCGAUUUCGUCUCCUCUUUACCUGAAGGGCUAUCCACCGUGUGCGGCUCUAGAGGCAGCCUCUUCUCGGGUGGUCAACGACAGCGACUUGCAAUCGCGCGGGCGCUGAUCCGCCGGCCCCGACUGCUCCUCUUGGACGAAGCGACGUCUGCACUGGACACGGAGAGCGAGAAGAUCGUCCAAGCCGCACUUGAUAAAGCCAAAGAAGGUCGGACGACGAUUGCGAUCGCACAUCGCCUCUCGACGAUCAAGCAUUCCGACCGGAUCUUCGUCCUUGUGGACGGACGCAUCAAGGAACAGGGGACACAUGAGCAAUUACUGCAGCAACGUAGAACAUAUUACGAGAUGUGCUUGGGACAGGCACUCGAUCAGGCGGCAUAA